AGUUGGCUCCGCUGCGUCCCUGGGCUGGUAUAUGUCAGAUUUUGACAUUAGAAUCCAUUCCACCCAGCCUCUGUCAUUAAAAUUCCUGCCGUCUUCAAUUCUGUGCUUCAGUCCCAACUAUUCUUGUAGAAGGCCUUUCUUGCCCAAAAUGGAUAACAAUUGUGCGGCCGGAGGGUCAUGCCAGUUCGAGCGCAAAGCGUCGAGCCGUAACAACGUUUGUGUUUCUUCAACCGAUCCGGUGGGCACCGCAAACAAUCCUCCAAAUGGAGCUGAAGGAGACGAGCACUUGCGCAAAAUAUUCAUCGGGGGAUUAUCCACACAGACGACUGUGGAAACAGUUCGGGAGUUUUUCCGGCAAUUCGGAGCCGUUGCAGAUGCCGUGGUGAUGCGAGAUCCGAUGACCAAUCAUUCGCGGGGCUUCGGCUUCGUCACCUACGUGGAUGGCAAUUCCGUUGAAAAUGUCCAGCGGGCCGGGCCACAUAGCAUCGACAACAAAACCGUGGAAACCAAACGGGCACUGCCGCGUCACGAAUUCUUGAAACCAGGUGGAGGUGCUGGCAAUAGCAUUGGUGCAAUGACUGGCGUCAAGUCGAACAAGAUAUUUCUGGGCGGACUGAAGGACUGUCACGACGAGAGCUCCAUUCGCGAGUACUUUUCACAGUUUGGUGGGAUAACCAGCGUGAAGUUGCUCCUGGACAAGGAUACUGGACGCAAGCGGGGAUUCGGGUUUCUCGAGUUUGAGGAUUCUGCUAGCGCUGACCAGGCACUGGCACAGGGCAAACACACCAUCAAUAUGACAACGGUGGAGGUGAAGAAGUCCACCCAGAAACCAGAUCCCGGCAAACGUCUUCGCUUCCCCGUGGGCGGAGCCGCCCGCGCCGGCUACAUUCCGCCGCAACCGGCCUCCCUGGAUAGCUACAACUACAGCAGCAGCACCUACAAUCCCUACCUGGCGCAGACCGUCCUCCCGCCAUCGGCCUUCAUUAACGGCUGGGCCUCGUAUGUGACUCCAGAAAUUUCGCCACCCACUAACCCAGUGCUCUACGCCGCCAAGAAUCUCCAUCAGGCGCCGCAGCCGCCGCAUCUGGGAUAUGCUUGUUACCAGCCGGAGACUACCUGGCCGGCCUAUCAGAAGCAUGGCAAUCACGAGUGGACUCCGAGCAAUGUGGGUGAAUGGCCACCGAAGGCCGGACACAAACACGCCCAGACCUCGACCAACGAUAGCCUGGAGGCCAAGUCAGAUCCCGGUGCCAGGGGUGAUGCAGAUGGGGCAGGAACUGUUGUGCCGGUAGCCGUGACCACCGGCAAGGCCAAGAAAUGGCCCACUGACGAUUAUAAGAUCUUUAAGCCCGCCCAGCGGCUCAAUUCGAAAGUGGGAAACGGAGGCACCUUGCCCGCCUACGGUACGAUAUUUAAAUUGGUGUGUCGAUUACUGUCCAAGCAAAAGAAUUAAACCCGACUGACAUGACUGACCCUCCCUGACACCACCCUGAUACCACCUUGAUAAAAUUCUAAGAACAUUCAAAAUUUCAAAGCAGAAAAAAAAAAUAUUUGAUUUCAAAGUCAAUUAGCUUGACAAAAUUUUAAUUAAUUUUCGUUCAAAUAACAAAUGAUAGAUUAUUUAGAUCUAAAAAAAAAAAUUAUAAUAUAACUAGGGAAAAGUCCUGAACAGAUUUUGAAGACUGAAAAAAUAAUAGUUACAUACAUGACAUAUAUAUUUAAUUCAAAGCAAAAGCAAUCAUAGUUAUUCGAAUACAAAAAAAGGAAGGAUUUCUUAGAAUUUUAUAACUAGACUUGGACUUUGACUACGAUCCUUGGAAGAAAUAAAUCGACCCAUCUUUGCAUAGGAAAUUUGCAUGAAAA